AUGGCUGUAACUCAGUCUUCCAAGGCCAAGCCGGCCUCAAAAGCCAGCAAUGGCAAGCCCAGAACAAAGACGCAGAUGCAUCGCCGUUCAAGAACAGGCUGCUACACAUGCAGACUGCGACGCAAGAAGUGCGACGAGGGCUCGCCCAUGUGCACCGCCUGCAAGCACCUGGGUUUGCAGUGCGAGUAUAAGCGACCCAUGUGGUGGAGCAACAAUGAUAUGCGACGCAAGCACAAGGACGACAUCAAGAUGAUCAUUAAGCGCAAGAAGCUUUCUGAAAAGUCGUCGCACAACAUGCAAAACUCGGUCUCCAGCUCACCUCCAGGCCUCACCCGAUCUCUGCCCACGUCCUCCUCCUUCACUGACACCCUCGACCGCACAAGGUCGGCCUCGAUUGACUCGCACUUUUCCACUGCCUUCAACUUCAACAGCCCUCCCAGUGGCAACGAGUAUGGCUUUGGUGCUCCCAUGCACCCCGAGCUCAUGUUCGGCAGCUACUCACCCUAUGAGAUCGACGUCAAGACUGAGCGCCAGAUGUUUGUCAACGAUGUGCCCACUCUUCGCGAGUCGCACAUCUCCACCUUUAGCACAUUUCAGACUCCUCCUCCCGCCGGCACAGUUCUGCCUCCAGGCCCUCUCGAUAGUGAGUGGACUGAGCAGAUCCGCAAGGAGUCGCUCUCUGAGGAGACGUUGAACUGCAACUUCUUCGACUUCUCACAUGGCCCCUCGGCCGAGACCAGACAGGUCCAGAUUGAGCUUGAGGAGAAUGACCAGCGCCUGCUGGAUCACUUCAUCCAGUUUGUUCUGCCAACAAUCUUUCCCAUCCUCGAGUCGAAUCAACAUGGCUCGGUCGGCUCUGACCUGAUUCUCCCCGCCCUUCAAUCCAACAGCGCCUAUUUGCACUGCUGCCUCAGCGUCGCCGCCCAGCACCGCAAGUCACACGCCAAUGUCGCCGGCGAGGACAUUGACGGUGAUAUUAUGCGCCACCGCUACGCUACCAUCUGGGCCCUCUGUGAGGCUCUGAAGAAGGAUGAGAACCACCAGCAAAUCCUUGAAGCCACCCUUGGCCUCAUCUUCUUCCAGUCCGUGGUCGGUCGAUAUGACGAUGGCCUGCUCGACAUCCCCUGGCACCAACACUUCCAGGCCGCCAUCAGCCUUGUGCAGAAGCUCGACCUCCCCGGCAUCGUUGCCGACCCCACUCGGGCCUCGAUGCAGACUCCCUUCAACAUGUCACUCACCUCUUGGAUUGACAUCCUUGGCGCCACCAUGAAGGGACGAUCACCAACCUUUGCCCAUACCUACCGUGAGAAGCACCUUUCUCAGGUCAACCCCAGUCUUGGCCUGCGAGAACUCAUGGGCUGCGACGAUCGGGUCAUGUACCUCAUCUCAGAGAUUGCCUGCCUCGAGUCCCUCAAGAAGGACGGCAUGGAUGACUUUACUCUCUGCCAACACGUCUCAGCUCUUGGUGAGCAGAUCAGCUUGACUGAGAUGGGCGAUGCAGGCCCCAAGAUGCCCUUCAAUGCCAAUGGCAGCCUUUCACCUAAGCAGCUGUCCAAGAACAUGACAAUGGCUUUCCGCAUUGCUGCGCGCAUCUUCCUUUGCAGCCUGGUCCCCGGCUUCAACCCCAAUCAGCCCUCUCCCAUGGGCCUGGUUGAGAAGCUGACCUCGGUGCUUCAGCACAUCCCCUCUGGCCCCAACGGGUUUGACCGCAACCUUGCCUGGGUCUACCUGAUUGGCGGCUCCAUCAGCGUCCCUGGCAGCACAUUCCGGGCCUUCUUUGAGGACCGGCUUGCUCAGCUGGGUGACCUGGCCAAGUUUGGGUCGAUGGGUCGCGUGGCGACUCUUCUGCACGAGGUCUGGCUGCAGAAUGAUAACCUCUCGGGUGCUAGCUCACCCGGGUCUUCGGCGUCUGAGAUGACCCAACCGCACAUCCACUGGCGGGAUGUCAUGGAGAUGAAGGGAUGGGACUUCUUGUUGAUCUGA